CGGCGCGCCGGGCCCGGCGUCCCCACCAGUCCUGCGGGAAGAUGGUCAACGACCGUUGGAAGACCAUGGGUGGCGCUUCCCAACUUGAGGACCGACCGCGCGACAAGCCGCAGCGGCCCAGCUGCAGCUACCUGCUGUGCACUGUCCUGCUGGCCCUGGCCGUGCUGCUGGCCGUGGCUGUCACCGGCGCCAUCCUCUUCCUGAACCAUGCCCCCACACCAGGCACGGCGCCACCACCCGUGGUCAGCUCGGGGCCGGCAGGGGCCAACGGCGCCCUGGUUACAGUGGAGAGGGCUGACAGCUCACACCUCAGCAUCCUCAUCGACCCACGCUGCCCUGACCUCGCCGACGGCUUCGCCCGCCUUGAGGGCGCCCAGGCGUCUGUGCUGCAGGCACUGAGUCAACAUCAGGCCCAGCCACGGUGGGCUGGUGGGCAGGAGCAAGAGCUGCUGGACACGCUGGCUGAGCAGCUGCCGCGGCUGCUGACCCGGGCUGCAGAGCUGCAGGCUGAGUGUGCGGGGCUGCGCAAGGGCCACAGCAACCUGGGCCAGGGGCUCAGCGCCCUGCAGAGCGAGCAGGGCCGCCUCAUCCAGCUCCUCUCUGAAAGCCAAGGCCACAUGGCUCAGCUGGCGACCUCGGUCGGUGACGUCCUGGAUGCCCUGCAGAGGGACGGCGGGCUGGGCAGGCCGCGCGUCAAGGCCGACCUGCAGAGAGCACCUUCCAAGGGAGCCCGGCCCCGGGGCUGCGCCAACGGCUCUCGGCCCCGGGACUGCCUGGACGUCCUCCUGAGUGGGCAACAGGAUGACGGUGUGUACUCCGUCUUCCCCACGCACUACCCAGCCGGCUUCCAGGUCUACUGUGACAUGCGCACUGAUGGCGGUGGCUGGACGGUGUUUCAGCGCCGGGAAGACGGCUCUGUGAACUUCUUCCGGGGCUGGGAGGCCUACCGGGACGGCUUCGGCAAGCUCACGGGCGAACACUGGCUAGGGCUCAAGAGGAUCCAUGCCCUGACCACCCAGGCCACCUAUGAGCUGCACGUGGACUUGGAGGACUUUGACAAUGGCACGGCCUAUGCCCACUAUGGGAGCUUUGGUGUGGGCUUGUUCUCCGUGGACCCUGAGGAGGACGGAUACCCCCUCACCGUGGCCGGCUACUCGGGCACCGCAGGCGACUCCCUGCUAAAGCACAGUGGCAUGAGAUUCACCACCAAGGACCGCGACAGUGACCACUCGGAAAACAACUGUGCUGCCUUCUACCGCGGCGCCUGGUGGUACCGCAACUGCCACACCUCCAACCUCAACGGGCAGUACCUGCGUGGCGCGCACGCCUCCUACGCCGACGGCAUCGAGUGGUCCUCCUGGACCGGCUGGCAGUACUCGCUCAAGUUCUCCGAGAUGAAGAUCCGGCCGGUCCGGGAAGACCGCUAGCUGGCCGCAGCGU